UAUGGUAGCGUGGCUGAAGGCGUGAAUAGCCUUUUGAUGCCUAGUAGGCUUUACAAUAUUUGAAAUGCGCAUGAGGAUAUGUUUCUCCAUACUUCUCAUUUCUUUAGUGUAUAACCUCCAGGCUGAGUGUUUGAACGUCACGAAGUACGAUCAUCUAGCGUCGAUAUUGACUCGACACCGAGCAGUAAGAGAUGCCGAAUUCGACGAAGCGCUCAAAGAAUACAGUCCAGUCUUGAAGAAAGUUGGACUCUUCAUGGCCGCUCAUAAAUACCUCGCCAAGGAUUCGAGGUACAAAGGGAGAGAACUCUUGGAAGAAAGAUCCUAUUUCCGCCACUUCCCUAUUCCACGACUACGGCGGUUACAUGACGUUGCCUCAAAAGCCUGUCGACUAGGGGCGUUCAGAUGUCUUCAGGAAAUUCAUUCCAAAGUAGAGAAAUUUAACGCUAAAAGAAAACCCGGAUCCAACAUCUACCUUCCCUUCUAUAACAAGCUGGACUUGUUUCAAUACAGAACAACGGCGAGCUAUUUCUUGUGUAUGUACACUCUGCAACGCAAUGCUAUGAUGAGGACGAUACACAUGCCAGGAAAAUGCCUGGAUGGGUUUGAGAAGACGAGGGAGGCAAGGAAAUCGGGCGUGCAUGUAAACGACUGGAGGAAGGAUGACGUUGAGUAUCAGUGCUCCCAAAUCUAUUAUUGUCCAAAUCCUUGUUUUGGACGCCAGAGUCAGGGCAACGUUGUCACCUUCUUUAAACAAUGGCAUGAUAACGGAAAUCCGUGUCGCUCCCUCAAAAACAAGAAGUGCUCUUGGACACCGGGUCAGAAUUCAAACUUUGAGAGUCUGACACGAAACAGGUUCAACAUCACCUGUGACUGUAGCAAUGACCGGAAGGGCUUCACGUGGAACUCUCGCUUCAAGAUGUGUGUUGACAUUGACGAGUGCUAUACGGGGAAAGUGGUUUGUGACAAGGGGAUGAUGUGCCAGAACACAGAAAGGAGCUAUAUCUGUGUGUGUAAGAGGGGGAAGAUGUUGAACAAAAGGACGCAGAAGUGCGAGGACAUUGUACUCCUACCAGAACUGAAGAAAGCGAAAUCAAAGCAGAGAAUUAAUCGGAGUGACAAACCCACCAUUCUGCGGCCGCUGGAAAUACUACUCGGGGUGUCGUCAGCUGCACGAGCUGGUGAAGCUGGAGCUUGGGCAAUUGUUCUGACUCUCUCUUUGACUCUGAACACGAUUGUUUGAAGGUGUAUUUUUCAGAAUGACUCGUGCAGUCUCAAAUGUAUCACCUUUACAACGGGGUCAAACAUUUGCUGAUGUGUUCCUCGUUGAAAUAUUGUUCAUAUCAUAGCAGGAGGCAACUUAAGGCCUGGCUUCACACGCUGUGUCCCAUGAUGUGAGGAGUCGAACCCGGGUCUCGGCGUAACGAGCGAACGUACGACCACUAGGCUACCCCACUUUCCUGGCGAUCAAUCAGCUAGCGCUAACGGAAGUUGAACACAAUCCUGGCGACUAUACUUCGACCAUUACACCGACACAAUAGCAACAUUGGUUGUAAACAAUAUGAACUUCCCAAUGGCGAAAGGCAUAAGGUAUUCUGGAAUUUAAAACAUCUACAAAGUGG